GGGCGAGGGGUCCCGGGGGGGCUCCGCGGCACCUGGCGGCGCGGCCCCGUCCCCUGCGCGGCCCCGAUGCCGUGUCGGCGGCGCGCCUUGCGCGCUCCCGGCCGCCCGCCCACCUCCACAUGCACACACCCGCGGCGGGAGGAGGAGCGGCAUCCUCUGCGUCCUCUGCCCUGCGAUUUAAUUCCUUACCCCCCCCCCCGCCCCUUCCCCGGGUCCUCCCGCUUGCGCCGCCGAGGUUAUUUUAUUGAAUUUCUUUAGCGCAUCCUCGCUCCGGGGGUGCCGCCGCCGGCAGAGGGGGGGAUCCAUCGCACGUCGGGGGGGUCCCCGCGGCUCCGGGGAAGGUCGCUGACACUGUGGCUGCAGUUUACCCACCAGACCUCAACCAAACACUAACAUUUUGAGAAACAGUUGGAUACGUACAGUUCCUCGCCCAGGAUGCCGUUCAAAGCUGGAUUAGAACUGACUGAAUUGCAGAAUAUGACUGUCCCUGAAGAUGAUAACAUCAGCAAUGAUUCAAACGAUUUCACAGAGGUGGAAAAUGGCCAGAUAAAUAGCAAGUUUAUUUCGGACCGAGAAAGCAGAAGAAGUCUCACAAACAGCCACCUGGAAAAGAAGAAGUGUGAUGAAUAUAUUCCAGGAACGACUUCUCUGGGAAUGUCCGUCUUCAACCUCAGCAAUGCCAUCAUGGGCAGUGGCAUUCUAGGCCUCGCUUUUGCAUUGGCCAACACAGGAAUUCUCCUUUUUUUGCUGCUUUUGGUUUCCGUGACAUUGCUGUCUAUUUAUUCAAUAUAUCUCCUGUUGAUGUGUUCAAAGGAAACAGGCUGCAUGGUGUAUGAAAAGCUUGGUGAGCAGGUCUUUGGCACCCCAGGGAAAAUGAUUGUCUUUGGAUCUACAUCUCUUCAGAAUGUUGGAGCAAUGUUGAGCUAUCUCUUCAUAGUCAAAAAUGAGCUGCCUUCUGCCAUAAAGUUUCUAAUGGGAAAAGAAGAAACUUUUUCGGCAUGGUACGUGGAUGGGCGGAUUCUUGUUGUUAUAGUGACGUUUGGUAUCAUCCUCCCUUUAUGUCUCCUUAAGAACUUAGGGUAUCUUGGCUAUACCAGUGGAUUUUCAUUAAGCUGCAUGGUAUUUUUCCUCAUAGUGGUUAUUUACAAGAAGUUUCAAAUUCCCUGUUACGAAUUGGAGCUAAAUGCAACAUCACCUAUCCUAUCAAAUAGCUCAGCAUAUGAGCAUAUGUGUAAGCCAAAGUAUGUUAUCUUUAAUUCCAAGACUGUGUAUGCUUUGCCCACCAUCGCUUUCGCGUUUGUGUGCCACCCGUCAGUCCUUCCAAUUUACAGCGAACUUAAAGACCGUUCACAGAAAAAAAUGCAGUUGGUUUCAAAUAUCUCAUUUUUUGCCAUGUUUGUGAUGUACUUUAUGACUGCCAUAUUUGGCUAUUUGACUUUCUAUGACAAUGUGCAGUCAGAUCUGCUUCACAAGUACCAGAGCAAAGAUGACAUCCUCAUCCUGACAGUGCGCUUGGCUGUGAUUGUUGCAGUUAUACUCACAGUGCCGGUGCUGUUUUUCACUGUACGUUCAUCAUUAUUUGAGCUGGCGAGGAAAACAAAAUUUGACUUAUGCCGUCAUGUUGUGGUUACUUUUGUCCUUUUGGUUAUCAUCAACCUGUUAGUCAUUUUUAUCCCGACCAUGAAGGAUAUUUUUGGAGUCGUAGGUACAGUGUCCUGGCUUUGUACUGCUAAUACAAAACUGUUGCUAAUCAGCAGCAUAAUAAUUAUGGUGUUGGCAACUAAUAAAACUCAUUCAUUUGAAUUUUGCAGGUGUCACUUCUGCCAAUAUGCUGAUUUUCAUUCUUCCUUCAUCAUUGUAUUUAAAAAUUACACAUCAGGAUGGAGCAAAACUGACUCAGAGGAUUUGGGCUUCUCUUUUCUUGGCACUGGGGAUAAUGUUUUCCCUAGUGAGCAUCCCUUUGGUAAUCUAUGACUGGGUACAGUCAGGAGGCAGUGCCGAAGGCCACUGAAGCUGACCUGAAAAGGAGACAUCCCUGUUUGCUACACACCAAAAUCGCAACCAUCCGUUCUGUUAUCUAUUCCACCUUUUGUGAGUUUACUCAAAUCAAAUCCAAAUAAUGAUUUUCCAGUACUGAAAAUACUGUUAUGGGUGUAUUUUCUUGCAGAAAACAGACCCAUUUUUCCAACAGGCUUAUCACUCUGUCCCAUGAUACUGAGUUACCAGAUCAGCGUUAAGUCUGUGUUAAUUGUUGAGAGACUAUAUAGAGCAUUGCUCAUAGGAACUCAUCACAAUUAGUUUGUUUUUCCGCUUCCACCCAUGAACUGCAUUGUUCUGUUAUUAUUCUUAGCCCUUGAACCAUAAGCUCUGCUCCUUUAAAGCAGCAGCAUUUGUUGUUAUCAAUCCCAGCUGGAGUGAUUGUCCCAAAUGUCAUCAGUUCACACCCUUUCCCUUUGCCUUUUAACCAAAACUCUGCUCUUGAAUUGUACGCAUUCGGUUUGUUUGUUUGUUUGUUCUGUUGCUGUUUUGUGCACCAUUUGCCUCACCAAGUAUAGCAUUCUUGGUACCGACAGAGAAAGCACCAUGAGUGUAAAUGAGCAUUGUGUAAACCUAGGUCCUAAAUCUGGUGCUUUGCUCUGUAACGUUGUGGUGGAGGAGCCAGCCCUAGUCUCGGCUCUUUUGUUGCUUUGGGGAGCAGACCCCUGUGUGUGUGUGUGUGUGUGUGUGUUUUUGCAAAGGGGUGCAGGGAGCAGGAGAGGGACAAUCACCACCAGCCACCAUUCCCCUGCUACAUUUCAGUUUGAACCUGGCCACCAGUAGACUUGACAGCCAGCAAUGAGUACUUGAACCUGACCAGAAGCAGACUCUCAGAGAUAUCCGUAGGAAAUCUGCAUUUUCUCCAGCAUUAAACUGUCUGCUAAUGCCCUGUUCUUCUCAGAAAUGGCUCCAGUUUUAUCAAAACCUACACGUUUAAUCAUACCUCAUGCCUUCUGCAUUCUUGGAUUCAUCUGUACACACCUAAGGUUGGCCUUGUAGAGGCUGGCUCCUCUCUUGUGUCUCAUCCUCCUCCCACUGAAGUCAGCAGGGUUUCUGACAGCAGCGGGAGCAGGAUCUGACUCACCCUACUCAACUACUGGAUAUCUAAUGGAAAUUGAAAUCUGUAACAUUUAUUUCAACAAACAUAAACACUUUAUAUAUUUGAAAUGUUUUAUUUACAUUUCACAUCAAUUCUCCAUAGCAAUUACAGAAAAUACAUUAAAUUACUACUAGCAGAAACAUUGUAACUUGCAUCUGUUGUCCACAGAAUAAGCAUUUGCCUAAUGCCUUAUAGCUGGUGUAGAGAACUACUUGUACAGAUUCAAAUGCUAAGCAGGUGAUUGUUGACCAUUCUCAGCAGACAUCUAGUAGUGUACUGCCAGCAGCAUAAAUGUGAGCUGAAAAGUGUCUUCAGUUUUGCUCUUGAGAUGAACCAGGCUCCCUCUGAAAAAAACUGUGGCUAAGGGGAGCCCUAGAUCGCAUGCAAGGGCUACGUAAUGCCCUCUGUGCGUUUGAGAUGUACCUGUCAGUACGCAGUGACCCUCUCGUUCCCUGUGGCUGGUUCAUUGCCGACUCCCAUUGUAGCUGUGGAAGGAGCCUGUCAUUAGCAGCACUGCCUGUGGGUAAUCUGUCAUUGCAGCUUGUUCUUUUUAAGGCCGGGGGUGGAGAAUUCAGGAUCUUGGGAUUUCUGUGAGCUAUUGAAUUGCCUCAGUUUCCACUGCCUUAUCCUACAUGGCUUGAAGCUGCUGAGAGUUGAGACUGCAGAGCACUUCUCAGGACCUUAGGAGUUGGUUUCUAAGGGUGACAUACAGAGAGGUUAGUUUGGGGCCUUACUUGGAAUUUAGGAACUGACAUGCAGAGAGGUCCUCUAAGCAGCCUGGCAGCAGAAAGUCCCCUCCCUUCUAGCAAAGACCUGCUGGCCUACAGAGUGGGGCUCCUUCAGCCUGUCCUGACCUGCCAGACUUUUAUUCCCAGCAAUAUAGGCUUCCAGCAAGGUCUCCAGCAUGAUAUCCUUCGUCCCAUGCAGCCUGGGGUUUAAAACAUGAACAGCUGAGCUAGAUGGAAUCAGGCAGGCUGAGGGUCAGCUGCUUGUGCUUUCCAGCAAGCGGCCUCAAAUGCCCGUGCCUGUGAUAGCACAGCUCACCUCCCGUUUAUGUGACCACUACUGCCUUAGGUGGGCCCUCAUUCACAGAAGUCCAUACUGUAGCCUACAAGUCCAGGUGUUAGUGAAACUGUAGAGAGAAGAACCUGUGCUUGCUGUCUCCUCUCAGCUCAUUCUAGGCAUUUUCCCAGCUCAGGACGUCAUUUGGGGUUUCCCUUUCACUGGCACCCAACUCUCCCUGGUAGCUAAAGCAGGAGCCUGGCAUCUAGCUGCUCUCUGAAUCAGAAAGACUUCUUACCAAGGCCUGUAGAGACAAGGCAAGGGGCAACGCUUUUAAACUGGAAGAGGGUAAAUUUAGAAUGGGUGUAAGGAAGAAGUUGUUUGUGGUGAGAGUGGUACAGCACUGGAACAGGUUGCCCAGAGAAGCUGUGGAUGCCCCCUCUCUGGAAGUGUUCAAGGCCAGGCUGGAUGGGGCUUUGAGCAUCCCAGUCUGGUGGAAGGGGUUGGAACUAAGUGGUCUUUAAGGUCCCUUCUAACCCAAACCAGUCUAUGAUCAGCUUGCUGGGAUCACAUGUCAGGAUUCAAGGCACCUUAUAAUCUCUCUGGAUCUCAUCCCAAAAAACCUAGCUGAGACCUGAGAAUACUGUACAGUGUUAUCCUCAAAACACUCCAGGGCUCUUCUGCUUUCCUUCCCCCUUUAUCCUCCUACUACUGAUUUUUGAGCGGUGACUCUCUGUGCACUGGGGGGUUGUAAAAGAGGAGAUCCUGGGAGUGAUUUUCAAAUACCCAGGUAGGAGCUAAAGGUCUGAUCUGCUGCAUGGGGUCCCAGAAAGGUCACAACUAUGACAUCUGCCCCCUCUCCAUAUUAUGUAGUCUCGUGUUUCAAAUACUGACCAUUGACUUUUGACACCCAGCUACCCUGGACUUGAAGGGCUGUUGGGUGGCUGAUUGCUCUUUGCAUCUUCCUUAGUCUCCUCCAUCACAAUCUUUCUCCCUCCCCUUUGCUCUUCUGCCUUCUUCUUUUUCCCAGUUUAUAUGUGUACUGGAGUUUUACUGGAUAAAUAGGGAGAAGGAUGAGCUGGGUGUGUGCACAGAAUGAAAUUACCCAAGGUACUGGACCAUCAAAGCAUAUCUUAGAUACUGAAAGACAGAUACCUGAAAUAUUGUGUCUUUUAAUAGGCUUUGUUUCUGGGUCUGUGAAAAAAAAUUUAAAAAAAGGAAAAAAAAAAAAGAGGGAAUUUUGCUUAGGCUGAUUUACUGGCAUCAUAUUUAUAGAUAUUUAUGGAAAGGAAUCAUGUGUUUAUUGAUGUCUGUGGUAAUGAACGUGAAAUAACGUGCUUUUUGUUUUCUCAUCAGGUUUAUACAUUCUUAACAGAAUGCAAUAGACCCUGCUGUAACUGUCAACAUCAGUGAUGGAUGACAAUAUUUGUAUGAGGUUAUCUGUAAAAUGUACUGCUGUUAUUCAGUUCAUUUGGAAUAGUGAACUUGUAGCCAACAAUGUACGAGUCCCACAUUUUAGCUAGGAUUUUAAGAGCACAGUGAAAUGCUGUAGGAGUUUCUCUGUUGUUAAAUUAAUAGGAUCCAGAGUACCGUAUCUACUUAGUAGGUGGUAGCAUGCUUUCUUUUCAUAGAGAGUUUAUCACUAUCGUGAGCACUGCAAAUUUCAUAGACUAGAUGAAAAAUUGCUCCUAAUAACUGCAACAAAGUAAUUUAAACUUCUUUUUUGCAUAAUAGCAACAAUCGAGUGGUGAAGGACAAGGAAAGACUAAAUAGAAGCAGGGGCUCCCGGUAAGAUUGCAGGAGCUAAUCUUACACUGAAAAGACAGCCUUGCUGCCUCUCCUAGUCCACAGCACAUUGCAAAGAAAAUAGUCUUGAGCUUAAACCACCCUUAUGGUUGCAGAAUACAGCUGCCCUUCUCUGGCCAGCAGCAAGCAUGCCUAGUAAGUAAAACACAGUGGAUUGUUACCUGGGAGCAGUGUGUUGGGAGCUGUGGUCUCUCUGGGUGUUGCAUGCUCCUGGUCAGAGGGCUAAUGCCAAAUCUGUGCACCAGCACAGACCUUUCGUAGGGCUGACACGGACCCAAGCAGUGCCCAUCCCCUGUGUGGGGCUGCAGGGGAAAGGCCGGUCCCAUCCUGUGAGGGCAGGGACACCCACCCCUUCCUGAGGGCUGCUGUCCUGAGCCUCACAGAGAUCCACAGCUUGUGCUCCCCUUGGAACAGGUCAUAUCUGCAAAUGCAGGUUGGGUGAUAGAUGGGUUUUGUCUGUACAUCUGCCUUACAAUGCACAAGCGCCACAGCUCUCUCCAAUAUUGAGUAUUAACAAUAACAAUUAAUGGUAUCUCUAGUUCAUCGUUAAAUUUACACGUUUCUUUGCUUGAGCCUUACAUUAAGGCUAAAGAGCAUCUUGGUCAAAACAAAACUUUCCAUGUGGUGUUGUCCCACCUCCAGUCCUACCGUCCCACCCUGGUGCCUUUAUGAGGGAGGCACAGCCGAAUGUAGUCAGGUCCAUCAGCGGUUCCACAACAUGGCUUUAUUGCUUGGUGCCAGGGCGCUCGCUUAAACAGUUCCCCAGAGCACUUGGCAUCAGGAAAUCCUUAUUUCCUAUAACUUACACAAAGAAUGUUUUAUUUGUAUCUAAUGUAAGGAUUUCUGUAACAAACUGUGAAAAAAAAAGAUUAAUAAAAAGUACAGGGCUGGAAAGGUCUAGAAUUCACAAAUUGUACACAUGCCUAUGUUUCUGAAGACAAAUCUAUGCAGUUGUGUUGUAUUGUAGGAAAUUUCAUUUUUAUGUAUAUAUAUAUAUUGUAAAUAAAUAGGAUGCUGUAUAUUUUUGCAGUUGUUUAUGCCCUAUUAUAUAGAAGUGUUGAGAUAGGCUCUGCAUAUUAAGAAUAAUUUUAAUAGAUAUACAAAUACUUUAGCUUCAGACUUAGCGAAAUGUAUAUCCUUUCCUUUCUCCCAAGAGUUCAGAAUUUGAAUCCCAAACUUGAAAUUAUAAUUACAUUGCUAAUGUAACAACAAGAAAGAAAGAAAGAAAGAAAGAGAGAGGGAGAGAGAGAGAAAGAGAGAAAAAGGGAAAGAAAGAGAGAAAGAAAGGGAAAGACCCAAUGAAAUUGCUAGGAAUAAUUCCAGCACAGGUCUCCCUGUUUUCUCCAUAGCAAGUUAUCCAGUCUUACUACUGGGUAGGAUAUCUCCCUGCAUAAAGUGCCCAUUUGGUACCCAGGUACCCGUUCCUCAGCCGAGGCCAGGUGGCAGCAACAUGCUGAAACGGACUUGCGCAGAAAGCGGAGCAAGCUGCAGCCAGCAGCCUGCCCCAGCAUUAUGCCACGUUGGGUUUCAGGCCUGUAUAUCGUUCUGCAGAAGGUAACUAGUACAGAUAGAAGUCAGACCAGGACUUCCGUACUUCUUUUUCAGCCAGCAGAAAUGUAGAUCAGAAAAAAAAAGUAUUAUGUGCCGGGGGUAGGUGACAACCAGAGCGAUUUGUUCUGGUUGUAACCCGCUCCCUGCAGCUCCCUUGCUGCAGAGCCCUGUGGCUGCUCCUCCAAGACAGACCCAGGCAUGCAGCUAUUGUGUGCCCACAACACUAGCAUCUCCCGUGCUGGGAGAGCAUCCCCCCCCCACCAGGGACAGCUCGUACAUCCCUUCUAUGAUCAGGCAGACGCCAGCAUUUUGGUCACGGGAUGGCUGCAUGUCCAGGGUGGGUUCGAUGGAAGGGGACAGAUGUGUAAGCCCCGAGAGUGCCUCUGUGGGAGUGCAGCCUCGGCGCUGCAGGCGAGUGCUGUCGACAGUUUUGCGUAGAGUCGCUCACUGGUAAAGCGCAGAAGUGCUUUUUUUCAGGACUGAUUAAAAAUGGAGGUUGAGAAAUGCAUCUAAAAAUAAUCGUAUGUUUUUUGUGUUUAAUUUAUGGUCUUGGAUGAAAAUGAAACUUGAAAUAACAUUUGCUUUAACCAUGAGCACAAAUUUGAGGAAAAAUUUAUAUGCAGUCACUUCUAUGGAGCUUUUCAAAUUAAUACAAGUGUACGUUUUGUUUUCAGUGUUACAGCCAACAAAAUAUAAUCUGUAAAGGUAUUUUUCCACAAGACUUGAACUUGAACUUGUUUAUAGAAAGCUGUUUUUAGCAUCCCAAGGUAUGUUAAGGCUUACCCAGAUCCAGUAUAAACAAUACUGUUUGAAUGAUGUACACUUGAUAUGAGCUCAUCUCUAAUAGAUUGUUCAAGUGAGUGAAUGGUAAUAUUUUGCUCCUGCUAACAUCACCAUACUUUGUGCUGUUCAUAUUCGAAUAAAAGAUGCAGUUUUUCAGUUUCCGUGUGUAAAUAAAGAAAAAAAAUGUAUUAAGUUCUAUAAUCUCUGUUACCUCUAUAGUUUUUAAACAUUAAAAUUGUGAUCUAAACUAA